AUGGAGAUAUUAGAUUCACUACCUAAAUUCAUUAGCUAUAUUAAUGAGAGAGGCCAAGUAGCGGACCAAUUGAUUGACUAUAAGUGGCUGCCCACGAAGUUCUCUCAGUGUAAAAAACUAGGGCAUACAACUUUUUCUUGCAAAUUUGUGGAAGGAGUGGUUUGGAGAAAGAAGGAGGUCCAGACAGCUCCUGCAGAUGGCUGUGUUGCUCAUAAAGAAUCUGAUAGUCCUCCGAAACCAGCCCAGGCAAGUUCAGCUCAGACUCAAUCUAAGGAGGAAACGGAAUCCCACCAUGUGAAACUUCCAAAGGAUCAAGGAUGGGCCUACCCAAAAAAACCAGGUACUCAGAAAAUGAAAACCCCUGUAACAGCCCAUAAUACAAAUAAUACUUUCAGUGUUCUCCAAGAACAAAAGCAGUUUCUCAAUGACCCUUCCUUGUUAUUGAACUUGAAUGGAAAAUUUCAACAUAAUGAGCUGGAAUGCCAGUCUUUUUGUUUCACAGUAGUUUAUGGCUCAAAUCAGUUGGAGGCUAGGAGAGUUCUUUGGUCUGAAUUAUCUGCUUUAUCUUUCCCUGUUAAACCAUGGUUAAUAGUUGGAGAUUUCAACUCUGUCUUUGACUCAACAGACCGAAUGGGGGGUAAGGCAAUAUCUUUCAAAGAGCUAGAGGAUGCUAGACAAUGGCUUGAUCUCGGUGUAGUGGAAGAAAUGAAGAUUAUGGGUUCUUUUUAUACGUGUGCCAUAGCCAAUUGGGAGGAAGUCUCAGAUCAUUGUGUUAUAGUUUUGAAGCAUAUUUCAGUCCAGAAUAAGGGUUUGCGUCCAUUUCGUUUCUACAAUAUGUGGACUAGCCAUCUUAAAUUCAAGACCACUGUUUUGACUAGCUGGAAUAAACCUUUAAAAUCUGAGGGUUGCGGUUUACAGCAGAUUUCGAGGAAAUUGCAUCGUCUUAAGUUUCAAUUGAAGAGAUUCAAUUGGAGGGUUGUUGGAGACAUUGUCAAGAAUUAUGAGGAAAGCAAGAAUACUUACGAGCAAGCUAAAAUUAGUAUUUUUUCUGACCCGACUAAUCAGGCCUUGAGUGAUGCUGAGAGAACUUCUUAUCUAGAGUUUAAGAAACAAGAGGCAGCUUAUGCUAGCUUUCUGUACCAGAAGAGUAAAAUAGAUUGGAUCCGAUUUGGUGAUGAAAACUCAGCCAUGUUCUAUGCUAGUAUGAAGAAAAGGAAAGCUAAUAACAGAAUUGUUUCUUUUAUUGCUGAAAAUGGCAGAGUUGAAGCGGAUUACCCAAAGUCUUUCUUGGGUUGUUCUAGUACAGCUUUUGGUCAUAUUGAUUCCUCAGUCGUGAACUUAGGUCCGCUCUUGAGCCUAGAUGACCAAAUUGAUCUGAUUAAGCCUUUCUCUUCUCAAGAUGUCAAAACAGCCAUGUUCAGUAUUAAGGCUAUUAAAAGCCCUGGACCAGACGGAUUUGGUGUUGGUUUUUUCAAAACUUUAUGGUCUGUCAUAGGGAAAGAGGUGGCCACUGCAGUGCUUGAAUUUUUUGACAUAGGUUGUAUUCCGAAGGCUUUGAAUAAAACCAUCUUAACUCUUAUUCCUAAAGUUAGUCAACCAUCAAAUGCCUCUGAGUAUAGACCAAUUGCUUGCUGUAAUACUCUGUACAAAUGCAUUUCUAAAAUGCUUUGUAACAGGUUGACAUCUAUCCUUCCCAAAUUGGUCAAUCAAAAUCAAGGAGCUUUCGUUAAGAAUAGAUCUCUUGCCCAUAAUGUCCUUAUUCUUCAAGAUCUCCUUAAGGGUUAUAAUCGCAAACGAAGUUCUCCUCGUUGCUUAAUGAAGAUAGACCUCAGCAAAGCAUAUGAUUCCAUUGAUUGGGAAUUUCUAGAGAACCUGCUGAAUGCUUACAAAUUUCCUGGCAGAUUUAUUAAGUGGAUUUUGAUAUGUCUAAGAGGCUCCUCGUAUUGCAUUCUCAUGAAUGGUCAGCUCCAUGGUAGUUUUAAGGGUGGUAAAGGGCUUCGUCAAUGUGACCCUAUCUCCCCCCUUCUCUUUGUUCUAGUCAUGGAAUAUCUUACGCUAGCACUUCAUGGGGCUGCUAAGGACAAGAAAUUCAGGUUCCAUCUUUUAUGUAAAUCUUUGAAUAUAACUAAUCUUUGCUUUGCGAACGAUUUGCUUAUUGUUUGUAAAGCUCAUGCUAGUUCUAUUCAGAUUUUUCAACAGACUUUUAGUUCCUUUUCAGCAGCUUCUGGUCUGUACAUUAUUAAUUCUAAGUCCCGCAUAUAUUUUGGGGGUAUCUCUAGUACUGAGAAGGAGUAUCUGCUGAGUCUUUCUAAGAUGACAGAAGGGAAGUUUCCUUUAGUUUAUCUUGGCAUGCCUUUGAGACCUACUAAAUGGAAAGCUAUGGACUUCGGUCUUAAUGGGGAUAAGGAAUUAUUGGAUGAGCAUUUUUCUUCUUCCUCAGAAGGUCAUCAAAGAAAUGGACUGUCUUUGCAGGAUCUUCUUAUGGGGUGGUAA